GUCCUGGAGGCCAUUGAGAACAAGGAAGGAGGUUUCUGUGCAGAGCUCCUCUCUUUCAAACACCCACAUGUAGCCAAUCCUCGCCUGCAGAUUUCUUCACUGUAAAGCAAAAACAACAGAACUGUUCCAGUACUUUCGGAGAAGACUGUUUAUAUAAACCUGUGAUUUGCCUUGCGGUUCAAACAGCUACUAGAGAUAACAAAAAAAAAAUGAACCAGCUUCUGACCAGCGCUUGGGUAUGAACAGAUGUCAAAGGCCUCUGCCUGAGGAAUGCAGCAGAACAUUGUACAAAAAGAUUUAUUUCAGAGAAAUGAUGAAAUAACAACAGAAGGAGAAAGCCCAACCUUAGAUUUCUGUGCCAAAGGAUUCUAGUUAAAACUGUCCAGUCCAGAGGAUAAAUGUCAGCAGGUGCUGGAACCUCCUUAUGAUGAGAUGGUUGCUGCACAUUUGAGAUGUACAUAUGCUGUGGCAAACCAUGACUUUGUGGAGGCGUACAAAUGCCAGACAGUGGUGGUGCAAUCAUUUCUGAAAGCUUUUCAAGCUCACAAAGAAGAAAACUGGGCUUUGUCUAUGAUGUUUGCUGUUACACUUGAUCUCCGAAUAUUUGCCAACAAUGCAGAGCAGCAGCUACAGAAGAAGGGCAAGGGAAAGGUCGGAGACAUGCUGGAGAAGGCAGCAGAGCAGCUCAUGAGUUGCUUCCGAGUGUGUGCCAGCGACAAUCGUGCAGGUAUUGAAGACUCCAAGAAGUGGGGGAUGCUGUUUCUCGUCAAUCAGCUGUUCAAGAUUUAUUUUAAGAUCAAUAAGUUGCAUCUGUGUAAGCCUCUUAUCCGAGCCAUCGACAGCUCCAACCUGAAGGACGACUACAGCAUGGCGCAACGAGUGACCUACAAGUACUACGUGGGCCGCAAAGCCAUGUUCGACAGCGACUUUAAACUGGCGGAAGAGUACCUGUCCUUCUCCUUCCAGCACAGCCAUCGCUCCUGCCAGAGGAACAAGCGCCUCAUUCUCAUCUACCUGCUGCCCGUGAAGAUGUUGCUGGGCCACAUGCCAACAAACCAGCUGCUUAAGAAGUACGAUCUCCUGCAGUUUGCAGAUGUGACUAAGGCAGUGAGUGAGGGUAACCUUUUGUUGUUGAACGAGGCUCUUGCCAAACAUGAGACCUUCUUCAUCCGCUGCGGGAUCUUCCUCAUCCUGGAGAAGCUGAAAAUCAUCACCUACAGGAACCUUUUCAAGAAAGUGUAUCAUUUAUUAAAGACUCACCAACUUCCAUUAGGUGCUUUCCUGGUUGCACUGAAGAUGAUGCAGAUGGAAGAUGUGGACAUUGAUGAAGUUCAGUGCAUCCUGGCCAAUCUCAUAUACAUGGGUCACAUCAAGGGCUAUAUUUCACACCAGCACCAGAAGUUGGUCGUCAGUAAGCAAAACCCUUUCCCACCCUUGUCUUCUGUAUCUUAAACUACAGCUGCCCAUAAAGGACCUGAAAACUACAACCUCAUCUGCGCUGACUCCUGUUGCAUUGACACCAAAUAGUUAUACAGUAGUUCCAGGUCUCCCCAAAGUGUAAUUCCUGGCCAGCGACAAAGUAAAGUGAAUAUUUGGAACAGUAAUUCACCACAUUUAACGUGAUUUUAAAUGCUAAGCAGUUUAUUUUGAAAUAGAAUAGGACUUAUCCCUGUUUGUGAUGGAACAGAAGAUCCUAAUUAAACUGCAUCGAAAUAUUCAAGUGAAAAAUCCGGCCUUCUGUGCUGCUGUAAGAUUCAGCGAUUUCUCAGCAGGCUUUCUGUUAUUUUUGAUUAUUUUUUUAUUCACUGUGUAAAAUAAACUGUUUUUGUACAAUUUUA